AUGACCGACUCGAUCUCGUCAGGAGAGAUGGAGCGUCUUACGGCUCAGAUGAGCCUCAAGGAUGCGCCAAAUCAACCAUCAGGCCAGAGCGCUACCGGUGGUCCUCCUUCAAGAGCUUCACCGUCGUCCGGUCCCUCGCCAUCGCUCCGUCCUUCUCCAGGGACGGGCGGACCCUCGGCAGCGAGGCCGGCCAACACAGCCGUCGGUGCGGCCGAACGCGCUCGUCAGAUGGCAGGCGCUCGUCUCCCGCCUAGCUUGCAAGCCAAGCUCGCUGCCAACGCCAACCGAGGACCUGGUCAAACUGUCAUGGGCCACGAUCAGCGCAUCGACAGCAGUGCCAGUGCCUCUCUCUUUGUCUCGGCGAGCAAUCGACCCGGCUCAUUAGCGGGAACGCCGGGCAUGGGCGGUCUCGCAGCUCGCAGAGGUGUGCCAGGCGCCAUCGGGGGAGGAGGGCCACCGUCAGCAUCUCCAGCCGCAGGUGCAGGGCCCGGGGCGAGACGCAAUCGACCAGGUCUCAAGCUGAGCGAUAUGGGUCUCGGAGCAGAUGGCUCGGCAGCGGGUGCUCCACCAAGCGGCAUGGGUGCUGGCACCGGACGCCGUGCUCCUCCCCCAGGUCGUCUUCCCGACGGUGCCUCCUCUGCCAAAACUGCCGAUGGCGCACAGGAAAACGGCGAUGCCAUGUCGACCCCCUUCAGCAACUUUUCCAAGAUCGUUGAUCCCUCCGGUCGCCUCAACUUCAGCGGCAAAGCCGUCCUCCACGCCUCGGGCGUCGAAUUUGGCAACGGCACCUCCUUCAAGAUCAACAUGGCCGAGCUCGAGCUCGAGGACGAGCUGGGCAAGGGCAACUACGGCACCGUCCGCAAAGUCCGACACACGCAAACGCACGUCGAGAUGGCCAUGAAGGAGAUCCGGCUCGAGCUCGACGAAUCGAAACUCAAUGCGAUCAUCAUGGAGCUCGACAUCUUGCAUCGGGCUACUGCGCCGCAGAUCGUCGAGUUCUACGGAGCGUUCUUCAUCGAGUCGUGCGUGUACUACUGCAUGGAGUAUAUGAAUGCGGGGAGUUUGGACAAGCUGUAUGGCGAGCGGGGGAGUGUACCCGAGGAUGUGCUGGCACGGAUCACGGGGAGCAUGGUUCGAGGGCUCAGCUUCCUCAAAGAUCAACUUCAGAUCAUGCAUCGCGACGUUAAGCCGACCAACGUGCUGAUCAACCGCAAGGGUCAAGUCAAGCUGUGCGAUUUUGGCGUCUCCGGCCAACUGGAAAAGUCGCUCGCCAAGACCAACAUCGGGUGUCAAUCGUACAUGGCGCCGGAACGCAUCAAGGGUGAGUCGCAGAACAUGCUGGGCACGUACACGGUGGCGUCGGAUGUAUGGUCCCUGGGCUUGUCGAUGGUCGAGACGACGCUGGGCACGUACCCUUACCCACCCGAGACGUACUCGAACGUGUUUGCGCAGUUGCAGGCGAUCGUGCAUGGGGACCCUCCCGAGCUGCCCCCGGAGCUGUACAGCGAGACGGCGAGGGACUUUGUCGACAAGUGUUUGGAGAAGAUCCCUUCGCGUCGACCGACGUAUGCGCAGCUGCUCAAGCACGACUUUUUGGCGCAGGACGAGGCCAAGGGCGAGGAAGGGGUGGACAUGGUCGGUUGGGUCGCAAGGGCGAUCGAUGCAAGGACCAAAAGGAAAGAGGCGGCCAACGCACCCGUUGCACCCGGAUCAUCGUCCACCGUCGCAUGA